GGGGAGCGGUUUUCGGCUGAGGGUCGUGUCGGGAGGCUCAGGCACAGCGUGGACAGCUGCUGCGCGGGGUCCUUCCGUGCUGGCCGGUGAUACAGGAGGUGCUGACGACGGAGAAUGGGGCGUUCUUCCAAGGAUAAGAGGGACAUCUACUACCGCAUCGCCAAGCAGGAAGGCUGGCGCGCACGCAGUGCCUUCAAGCUCCUGCAGCUCGAUGAGGAGUACGCUCUCUUUGAAGGUGUCUGCAAGGCAGUAGAUCUGUGUGCUGCACCUGGUAGCUGGAGUCAAGUCCUGAGCCGCAAACUCAAAGGGAAGAGUGGAGAUGGUCUGGAUACCAAAAUCGUCGCUGUAGAUCUCCAGGCAAUGGCCCCCCUCCCUGAUGUCAUCCAGAUCCAGGGAGACAUCACUAAGGUCUCCACUGCCCAGGAAAUCAUCAGGCAUUUCGAGGGAGAGGCUGCGGAUCUGGUGGUUUGCGAUGGAGCCCCAGACGUCACCGGUCUUCAUGACAUUGACGAAUACAUCCAGGCUCAGCUUCUGCUUGCGGCCUUAAACAUCACCACUCACGUGCUGAAACCCGGAGGGACCUUUGUGGCAAAGAUCUUCCGCGGGAAGGACGUCACCCUCCUGUACUCCCAGCUCCGCCUGUUCUUCAGCGACGUCACCUGCGCCAAACCGCGGAGCAGCCGCAACUCGAGCAUUGAGGCGUUUGUCGUUUGCCGGGGUUACGCACCUCCCCCCGGCUACGUGCCCAAUAUGUCGAACCCGCUCCUCGACCACUGCUACGAUGUGGACUUCAACCAGCUGGAGGGUGCCAACAGGGUCAUCGUGCCCUUCCUGGCCUGCGGUGACCUCAGUGCCUACGACUCCGACAAGACCUACCCCCUCCAGCUCCAGCCCGGCCAGGAAUACACCUACAUUCCCCCGACACAGCCACCCAUCCGACCCCCCUACCAGGAGGCCUGCUACCUCAAGAAGAACAACUUGCUGGCUGCUCACCAGGCCCCCACGCCCGAGCACACGAUGACCAAGGCACUGGACAGCUUGUGUGUGACCGAGGACGGCUGCCAGGCCCCCUCACCCGAGGACACUGUGGCCAAGGCACUGGACAGCUUGUGUGUGACCGAGGAGAACGGCUGUCAGGAACCGUCGCCCGAGCUUGCUGUGGCCAAAGCAGUAGACAAUUUCUGUGUGACCCAGGGAGCAUCUCCUCAGCAUUUCAUGACAAAUAAAGGUGGGGGGGAAUUAACAGGUCAUCUCUGAGGUGUGGGGUGGGUUGUAGUUCUCCACUACCACUCUCACAAAGGUGUUUGUGACGCAUAAAUUAAUGUUUAUUAAAAUACACAGUGGUGAACAUCUCCACAUCUAUUUCUACAAACACACGGGCAGUCUCGUAGACAGAAAUCCCGAUAAUCUGCCCCCAUCACCACCCUUCGCGUUCAGUUGUCCUAGUGUUGCUUCUAAGAGGGUGGGGCUGGUCUGCUGUCCAUGUUCGUGGAAGCUUGUGUUAAAUUAGCAGAGUCAAACUGUAUCUGUGGGCACACUUCACCUUAUCUCCACAGAUCCGGCUCCCUGGGAAGGGGUGGGCAUCUCUGCUACGAUUUACAAGAAUUGGAGAGCACCAGGUUGAGACCCUGGUGGGAGGGGAGGUCAAUAGGCCUGUGCCCUUUUGUUAACCCUCUCCUACCCCAGGCAGCUGGUCAGCUCAGUAAACCUAUUUCUGCACAGAGAAGGAGAGGGAAGGUUCCUUGUCUCUGCACAGGGUGAGGGGAAGGAGUUAAGGGGAGGUGGAAGGAUCUGGCUGUCCUUCCCCCACAGCCCCCCCCCCCACCACCAUGCUUGCCCAGUCACCCUGAACAGCCAGGUUGCUGGGGGGGGGGGGGUGGUGUGUGGUCUCUGGGAUCAUGCUGUGCCCCCAU